AUACCAACUCAGUCACUAUUCCUUCUAUUGUCUGUAACACAGUAACUUCUUGCUUGCAUAGACACACACUUCCUCUCUCCCAUUUGCUUGACUUUUGUGGUCAGUGAGAGAAUCAUAAAUAGUCACACAUUAUCAGGAUAACCACCGCCGGAGAAGAUGGGAAGAGCGCCGUGUUGCGAGAAGGUCGGGAUAAAGAGAGGGCGGUGGACAGCGGAGGAAGACCAGAUUCUCUCCAGCUACAUUCAAUCCAAUGGUGAAGGCUCUUGGAGAUCUCUCCCCAAAAAUGCCGGAUUAAAAAGGUGUGGAAAGAGCUGUAGAUUGAGAUGGGUAAAUUAUCUUAGAUCUGACCUCAGGCGCGGGAACAUAACUCCAGAAGAAGAAGAACUCGUUGUCAAAAUGCAUUCCACUUUGGGAAACAGGUGGUCACUGAUUGCGAGUCAUCUACCCGGGAGAACAGACAACGAAAUAAAAAAUUAUUGGAACUCUCAUCUCAGCCGUAAACUCCACUACAUCAGAAAGUCUCACAACGUCCCCGCCGUAACCAUGAACCCUCCUCCGACGUCACAGCGUCUGCCGGAGAAACGGAGGCCAGGGAGAACCAGUAGAUCGGCCAUGAAACCCAAAACUCACAAACCAAAAACGAGAAAGACUAAGAAAACGUCUGCACAGCCGGAGCCAGACGCCAACGUAGCAAUUAACGCGGUGGUGGGAGAAGAUGCAUUAAUGAUGGAGUUAAGUGGAGCCGAGGCUGACGUAGGACCACGUGAUGACUACUACUAUGGAGCGUGUCACGAAGGAGGAGAUUGGUGCUAUACUAAUAAUAAUAAUAAUAAUAAUAAUAAUAAUAAUAAUAAUAAUAAUAAUCUCUUGAGCAUUAAUGGUGACAAUGGAGUUUUGUCCUUUGAUGAACAUGACAUCAUUGAUCUUUUGUUGGACGAGUCAGAUCCAGGCAACGUGUUUACAUCGAGUGUUGGUGAUGGGGAGUUGAGUCCUUUAGGAGACUCUACGUUAGCCAGAGGGUCAUCAGAGACUUCAAACCUAGGUAACCUCGACUGUCUUCAGCCUUGUCGGUCGGUGGAGUCGUUUCUCAACUACGAGCAUCAAGUUAACGAUGCGUUGACGGAUGAGUUUAUUGAUUGGGAAUUUGUUUGGCAAGAAGGUAAUAAGAGCAAUAAAAUUUGCGAUGAGAAAGAGGCUUCUGAUCCAGUGGUGUCGUGGCUUUUGAACGGUGACGAUGAGGCCACGAUCGGGCAAAGUAACUGCGAAAAAUUUGGGGAACCGUUGGAUCAUGACGAGGAAAAUGCGUUGGUCGCUUGGCUUCUGUCUUGAAGAUGUUAAUGAUUUGUGUUAAGUUUGUAGUCUUUCGUGCAACAACAGUUUGAGUCCACUCCAUGUGGUGUCAUCUCAACUUGUGCGCGUAUGCCUUCUGGUAUGCUUAUUGCAAUAAAACCGGUUUUAAAAGAUCAA